UCACCGACUGGUCGCGGGGCCUGCGUGCUCUCCGGCGGCGCCUGGACCUGCGAGCUCGCCGCUAGCGGCGCAGCAGCAGCUCCGAUUGCAACCUCCGUCAACUCCCUGAUCACCGAAAUGGUAGAGCCCAGUCCGACUGGUCUGGGUGCUUGCCAUCUUCACGGCGAUCAUUGGCACUGCGACGAAGAAGGCGAAGAGGGUCAUGACCACAGCCACGAAGGACACGAUCACAGCGGACAUAGUCACGCCGGUCAUAGCCAUGCAGGCCACAGCCAUGGUCCAUCCGAGGAGUUUGGUUGUGGGCUUGCACCUCUGGAAGAGUACAAUUUACCAUUGCACGUAGCUGCAGUCUUCAUUCUCCUGGUCGCCUCCAUUGCAGGAGUUGUCUUGCCUUCCUUUGGGAACCUUCUGGAGCGCGCUUUUGCUACUACAGCCUCGCAAUCCGCUACCUUUCGACGUUGGACUGGAAGCUUCACCUUCGCCAUGCGCCACUUUGGGGGUGGGAUCAUCUUGUCCACCGCCUUCAUUCACCUGCUCUUCCACUCCUUCAUCUACUUCAACAACAGCUGCAUUGGCGAGCUCCAGUACGAAGCUGCAUCAGCGGCAAUUGCCAUGGCAGCCGUAUACGUCAUGUUUCUUAUCGACUUCCUCGCCCUUCGACCGUUGCGACGUCAAGCGUACGCCGCCCAGGAACGCGCAUUCGCGUCUGGAGCGAGGAGUACUUCCGAUGACGACUCUGUCGAAAAACCCAACGAGCGCGCCUUGAUACCUGAGGAAUCAGAUGGACAUGCGCACGAGUCGAUUGACCUGCUCAAGCAUAGCGAAGGUCGCAUGGCCAAAUGGAACGUUCUCGCUCUGGAAGCUGGCAUUGUCUUCCAUAGCAUCAUCAUUGGCGUGACGAUUGGCACCGCUUCUGGUGAAGGUUGGGUGCCGCUGUUGAUCGCCAUUGUAUUUCACCAAUUCUGCGAGGGUCUUGGCUUGGCGAGCCGAGUGGUCCUCCUUCCUUCCUCCGUUCUGAGCAACACUUUGAAGUUCGUCAUGCACCUCGUCUUCAUCGUGACAACGCCCGUGGGCAUCGCCAUCGGCAUUGGCGUGCGACAGUCCUACAACGGGAACAGCCGGGGCACUCUUCUAGCAGUCGGCAUCCUCGACGCGAUCUCGGCCGGCAUUCUGAUCUACGCGGCCCUCGUUCAGAUCAUCGUCAACGACUAUAUCUUCAAUCGCGAAAUGACGCGCGCUUCAAUGAAGCGCUGCGUUGCCGCCCUGACGUUCUUCACGCUCGGCCUGUUCGUCAUGUCCGUGCUUGGAUACUGGGCUUGAAAAGUCUGGAGCGGCUGCAACACUCUACCGCCUCAUUAUUCUCGGAUUUGCUCUCUCGGAUGAGAUUCUCAUUUUCACGUUCAAUCCACGAUUAUUAUAGUAGAUACGUCCUCUGAUGAAUGGCGGAAGUAUUCUCGUUCAUCAUCAUCAAGGACUUGACUCUUCAUACGCAAUUCAAAAUUUGCCAAAGC